ACUAUACGUGCAAGCGACGCAUAAACUAACUGCACAAUUCAGCAGAAAAGCAAAAUUACUUGCAACAAUUGCCUCUCGUAUCACACAAAUGGCCGAAUUUUCCGUAGAACGCGUGGAAGACAAACGAUUGGUAAACGGUCGCACCGAAUAUUAUUUAAAGUGGAAGGGCUAUCCACGCAGUGAAAAUACUUGGGAGCCUGUGGAAAAUCUUGAUUGCCCCGACCUAAUAUCAACCUUCGAGGAGUCGCUGAAAACGAAGAAGGAGCCCAAGAAGCGCGUAGCAACAGUCUCCACACCAGAAAACAUUCGCAGCAAGCGCAAAUCAUUUAUGGAAGACGAAACCGAAGAGACCCGUAAGCUGAUCGGCUUUGAGCGCGGUUUGGUGCCGUCAAAGAUACUCGGCGCUACCGACUCGCUGGGCCAACUCAUGUUCCUGAUGAAGUGGAAGGGCAGCGAUCAUGCAGAUCUGGUGUCUGCCAAAGUUGCCAACGAGCGCUGCCCACAGGUUGUGAUUUCGUUCUACGAGGAGCGCCUCACCUGGCACACUGGCAAUGGCAACGGCACUGGUGGCGCUGAUGGCGACGGCAUGGGCUGCAGCGGCUCUGGAACUGGCACUAACCCAGGCAGCGUCGAGACUCCUGGGGGCAGCACUGCUGGCGGACCGGACGAGGAGGAGGAAGAGGAGGCCGAGGCUGAGGCCGAGCCGGAGGCAGAACCAGAAGCGGGGCCCGAGGUCGAGGCCAGUCCUGCCGACAGCACCAAUAACGAUGAUAACCAGCUUGGAGUCGGUGAUGCCGACGACUAAACCAAUUCGAAAUAAUCUAGCAUUGUAUACAAAACAUAAACAUAGAAAUUAGUUUACCAAUU